GACUUCAAACUCACACCAUCACCCAUCACUACUUCUUCUCUUCUUACGUACGUACGUAGUACCUUCGCGUCCAUAUUAAAGCUUGGAUACAUAUAAUAAUGGGUAGUGGGAUCACUAAGAGAUGGAUGAUGGUGUGGGUGGUCGCCGCGGUGGUUCUCAAUCUCCACCGUGGGAUUCUGGCAGCGCCCCAAGUUCCAUGCUUCUUUAUAUUUGGCGAUUCUUUGGUCGACAAUGGCAAUAACAACAACAUUCAAUCGUUGGCCAAGGCUAAUUACCUGCCUUAUGGGAUUGAUUUCCCCCGCGGCCCAACAGGACGGUUCUCCAAUGGUAAAACGACAGUCGACGUGGUCGCUGAGCUACUAGGGUUUGAUGGUUACAUUCCGCCGUACGCCAGGGCCCGUGGCCAAGAAGUACUCAAGGGAGUGAACUAUGCGUCUGCCGCUGCUGGAAUUAGGCCAGAAACUGGGCAGCAAUUGGGUGGACGGAUUGAUUUCACUGGACAAGUGAAUAACUACAAGAACACUGUUGCGCAAGUGGUGAGCUUACUCGGCGGCCAAGACGCUGCUGCUACUUAUCUCAGCAAGUGCAUAUACUCAGUUGGAGUGGGCAGCAACGACUACCUUAACAACUAUUUCAUGCCUCUUUUCUACUCAACCAGUCGCCGCUAUUCACCUGAACAGUACGCCACUCUUCUCAUUCAACAAUACGCCCAACAAUUAAGGAAUUUGUACAACUAUGGAGCUAGGAAGUUCGCGUUGGUUGGAGUCGGCCAAAUCGGGUGCAGCCCCAACGCGUUGGCGCAAAACAGCCCGGAUGGUUCAACAUGCGUGCAAAGAAUUAACAACGCGAAUCGUAUAUUCAACAGCAAGCUGAGGGCAUUGGUUGAUGACUUCAACAGAAAUGCGACAGAUGCAAAAUUCAUCUACAUUGAUGCUUACGGAAUUUUCCAGGAUUUAAUUGAUAACCCCUCAUCUUUUGGUUUCAGGGUGAAAAAUGCCGGGUGCUGUGGUGUGGGGAGGAACAAUGGGCAAAUCACAUGUCUGCCUCUACAAACUCCAUGCCGGAACAGAAAUGAGUACCUGUUUUGGGACGCAUUUCAUCCUACUGAAGCCGCAAACAUUAUCGUGGGUCGGAGAUCGUAUAGCGCUCAAAAGGCAUCAGAUGCAUAUCCAUUUGAUAUUCGCCGUCUGGCUCAGCUCUAAGUACGAGAGAAGAUUUACGUGACGUAGAGCAAAGACAACAUAUUCCACACUUGAUGAUAUUAACUAUUUUGUGUGUGCGUGUUUUUAAAAGUUUCUUGGAGUCAUAUUAUCAUUAGCUGUGUCAAAUUAAAACAAUUUCAUGGUUUAGACAUAAGAGUUUUAGUACUUGCUAAGAUUAAGAUGUUGAUCUCAUGAGUGGGUGGGAUCAUUUGUUGAACCAUACUCUUUCAAAAUUGAAGAGGAUCUUACUGUUGUUCCCCUCAAAAAGAGUGAAGUCGAUCUUAAGUAUUUUUCUUCCGUUUCAA